AAAGAAGAAGGCUAUAUAGGAAAUCUCGCUUCGGUUCCGUCAAAGCGCUGUGCGUGUGCGUGUGAGAGACAGAUAUCAGAAUGCCUCCUCUCCCUCCUUCUUCGUCUUCCUCUUCUUCUCUCUCUCUCUAACCCUAACUCCCAUUUCCAAUUUUUCCCCCGCUCUUGUCCCAGUAUUUACAUCCCUGUCCCACGCCACCCUAUCAUCUUCUCCGCCGCCGAUUUUUUUAUUGUUUCGUCGAGGCCUCUACCUGGUCAAGGCUCUGGAGGUACCCGAUUUUCCAAUUUUCGUGGAAUUUUGGGAAUUAGGGCUUGGACUCGGAGCUUGGGCUCCGUCUGAUCGUGGAUUGUGGGAAUUAUGGAGCCACGAGUUGGGAACAAGUUUCGACUCGGCCGCAAGAUCGGUAGCGGAUCGUUCGGAGAGAUCUAUCUCGGUACUAAUAUUCAGACGAAUGAGGAGGUUGCGAUUAAGCUUGAAAAUGUCAAGACGAAGCAUCCCCAAUUGCUUUAUGAGUCAAAGUUGUAUAAAAUACUACAGGGAGGAACUGGAAUUCCAAAUGUAAGAUGGUUUGGCGUUGAAGGAGAAUUUAAUGUUCUUGUGAUGGAUUUACUGGGACCCAGUCUUGAAGAUUUAUUCAACUUUUGCAGUAGGAAAUUGUCCCUUAAGACUGUACUUAUGCUUGCAGAUCAGAUGAUCAAUCGAGUUGAGUUUGUUCAUUCCAAAUCAUUUCUACAUCGGGAUAUUAAGCCUGACAACUUCCUUAUGGGUUUAGGGAGGCGUGCAAAUCAGGUCUACGUUAUUGACUUUGGUCUGGCUAAGAAGUAUAGAGAUGCUGCAACUCAUCAACAUAUUCCUUAUAGAGAAAAUAAAAAUUUGACAGGAACUGCGAGAUAUGCCAGCAUGAAUACUCACCUUGGCAUUGAACAAAGCCGCAGGGACGAUUUAGAAUCACUUGGAUAUGUUCUGAUGUAUUUCUUAAGAGGAAGUCUUCCUUGGCAGGGACUGAAAGCGGGAACUAAGAAGCAGAAGUAUGAGAAGAUCAGUGAGAAGAAAGUAGCGACUUCUAUUGAGGCCUUAUCUCGUGGUUAUCCAACAGAAUUUGCUUCAUACUUCCAUUACUGCCGGUCUCUACGUUUUGAUGAUAAGCCAGAUUAUGCUUAUCUCAAAAGACUAUUUCGUGACCUUUUUAUUCGUGAAGGCUUCCAGUUCGAUUAUGUGUUUGAUUGGACCAUUUUGAAAUAUCAACAAUCCCAGAUUGCCAAUCCACCUGCUCGUGCUCUUGGUCCUGGUGCUGGACCUAGCUCAGGCAUACCACCAGCUACUGCAAAUGCUGAUAGACAAUUAGGUGGCGAAGAAGGUAGACCUAUUGGUUGGUCUUCAGCAGAUCCCUCUCGUAGGAGACACUCUGGGCCAGUUGUAAAUGUGGGAAGCCUUUCUAAACAGAAAAGUCCAGUUGCCAAUGAUCCAACUGCAGCUAAAGAUUCUGUGUUGUCAGGUUCUAAUUUCUUGCGGUCAAGUGGAUCAUCAAGGCGAGGUGUUAUCUCCAGCAAUCGUGAUGUAGUGCAUACUGGCAGUGAGGCUGACCCUUCUCGCCCUGACACAACAGACGCGAACCCUGGAGCUUUUCGUAAAAUUUCUAGUGGGCAAAGAAGUUCACCUGUGAUAUCAUCAGAGCACCGUCCAUCUUCUGGUAGAAAUGCUUCAAAUAUAAAGAACUUUGAGUCCACUCUUAGGGGUAUUGAGACCUUGCAUUUUAACAAUGAUGAGAGGGUACAGAAUUAGCAGCUCCCCCUAUCAGUGCCUUGCCCGUGGAUGGAUCCAAGUGGAGGCGAGGUCGACAAUUCCACACAAUUUCUCCUUAAAAAAAGGGAAAGAAAACUUUCCACGAUACUCUCUGUUCGAUGUUGUGCUUUGUUUUUUUUUUGGUUUGCCUUUUUCUUUUAUUUGGUUGAAGGCAAAGGCUCAAAAUACACAAACCAUCUUGUGUGUAAAUAAAUGUAGACGGUAAUGUUUAAGAUUAUGAUCCACGGCCAACGCUUUUGGUGUGGUUGCA